AUGUUAGGUGUUCUGUCUACACAAGAACUACAAGAUGCUGAGCAAAUGUUAUUGCGAGAUUGCCAGGAAAACGCUUAUCCAGAUGAACUUAGCUACCUGAAGUCCCCUACGUCCUGCAUACCUCGUCCAACGCUUGUGAAUCAGCUACAGUUGUUUCAAGACGGUAAUGGCCUACUUCGAUGUGGUGGGAGAAUUCAGAAUGCCCCUGUUGCUGAAUCAACGAAGUUUCCUUACUUAUUGCCUAAGAAACACCUACUUACCCGCCUAAUUGUACAGCACGCCCAUGAGAAAUACCUGCAUGCCGGAAUGAACGCUACAGUAACCAACAUUCGUCAAAAGUAUUGGAUACUGGCCAUUAGACAGUGUGUGAACGCCAUAACCCGUAAGUGCGUGACAUGCAGACGAGUCAUCGGGAGACCUUACAGUGCCCCUGAUCCACCACAGUUUCCAAAGAUACGAGUUGAAAAUGCACCUCCAUUCACAGUCACAGGUGUUGAUUUUACCGGAGCCAUCCAAACUAAGAACAAUACAGGAACCACAUCAAAGGCAUACAUAUGUCUCUUCAUGUGCGCAGCUACACGAGCCAUACAUUUAGAAGUUGUCACCGACCUAUCAGAAUCCACAUUUAUGCAAGCGUUAAGAAGGUUUGUCAGCAGAAAGUCCCUUCCUAAAGUCAUGGUAUCAGACAACGCUACGACAUACCAGUCUGCUGCUGCUACCAGUCUCAGAAAACUGUUCCAGUCUGCAUCUGUUCGAACAUCACUGAGUGAAAUGGGUACAGAAUGGCGAUUUAUACCUAAGAGAGCUCCCUGGUACGGAGGAUUCUGGGAAAGACUCAUUGGCCUGACGAAGGUGACCCUUAAGAAGAUUAUUGGACGAGCGGACGUUACCCUGGAAACCCUUCAAACCAUCACUACAGAGGCAGAGUGCAUGAUUAACAAUCGACCGCUGACGCACGUUCCAUCCAGUCCAGAUGAUCCUAGACCACUGACCCCAGCACACCUGUUGUAUGGCCGCCAGACGACAUCAUUACCAUAUUCCAACGACAUUGAUGCCACUAACUGUGAUGUAACGUCAGAUCACACAUCACUUACCAUGCGAGCCCGGAUGCAGCAGACGCUCAUAGACCACUUUCGGCGCAGAUGGAUGUCCGAGUACCUGACGGCUCUUCUUGAACACCACCAGAAGACAGAAUGUAACGCCAAAACGAUAAAAGUGGGUGAAGUUGUACUAAUCCAUGACGACUCUCCGAGAAUACGAUGGAAACUUGGUCUGGUAGACGAGUUACUCACUGGUAUGGACGGGUUAACACGAGCAGUCAAACUUAGAACUACUACAGGUGUGACGUCACGACCAAUCGUGAAGCUAUACCCACUAGAAGUAGGAAGUGUACCCGCCACAGACGACAUCACUGAGGAUGUGUGA